AUGCGAGGUGCUGAUCUUCCAGGUGAUCCGAGCGAUUCAAGACUCGAGCGUCUCAAAUGUCGUCUCAAUCAGAAGAAUAUUAUGUUAGGCGCAUGUGCACUCCAUGGAAUUUUCACUCUGGCCGUCUUAAUCUACUUCACACUUGCUGUAGCAAUUGGAAUAGUCGCUAUGAUUGGUGUGAUGUUAAUCGCGUACAUUUCCUUCGGUGUUUGUGUUAUGACCGGCAAAUCAAUGUUUUUCAUACCACACUUUGUCUACCUUAAUCAGCCUAUUUCAGAAAUCGAUCAAGCCAACGGGUACAUCGCUGAACUGGUUCUGCUUUCGUUGAAUCUUCUCUUCACUCUGAUUAUGAUCUACCCAACCUACGCGCUCUAUCGUGUUGCAAAAGCAUCUGUAGAAUCACCUUCUGAGAUUGCAAAUGAUGUGGCCGUUCUACGUGGUCAGUCCGCACUGUGUAACGAUUAUGCGAAAUCACCUCCUGUAAACGGGAUUCAACACAGCGGUGUGCAUCGUGUUGAUCCAGCACCGGUCUGUGAUGAUGUACCAGUCGAGAACGAUUCAGUGUGGGAACGGUAUAAGCGUCAAUCACUAUCUGAGGACAAUAAAUGCGAUAAUUUCCACCAACUCUACCAUCACUGUCCACCAAUGGUCAAAAAUUGUGACCCGGACACCGGCAAACCGUAUAAUGAGCGAGCGAUCAAUUAA